AAAACUAGUUAGCAGAAACGAAAUAAACCCGGAACGUAAACAUGAACCCGCUGGCUAUGUCAUUUCCGCUCUGGCUAUUUUCGCGUCAAAUAAAAUGGCAACGCUGAGCAGUGGCUCGUCUCGGCGUUUAGUCCAGUAUGUGAUCGUCCGAUCAGACCUGAUACACACUUUGUCAUGGCCUUUAGGGGCGGUUAUAACUCAAGCUUGUCACGCGGCCACUGCUGCUAUUCAUUUACACUACAGUGACCCUGACACUCAGGAAUAUCUGGCAGAACUGGACAGCAUGCACAAAGUAGUGCUGCAGGCACCAGAUGAGGCAUCUCUCUCCGCUCUUUCCAGUACUCUACUGGAAAAAGACAUUGCACAUAAGCUGUGGAUGGAGCAGCCAGAGAAUAUCCCCACAUGUCUGGCAUUGAAGCCCUACCCUAAAGAAACUGUGCAGCCAUUUCUAAAAAAGUUCAAGCUUUUCAAAUGAAUUCUGUAUGAAUUGUACAAUAUAAACACAAGGAUUGUUCAGGAUGGAAUGUGGCUAAAUGAAUCACAUUUAUCAUCACAUCUGUGGUUUUCAUUCACAUUUUGUCUCUCGUUGUGGGAAAAUGUUACUCACUGAUGUUGUCUUAGUAAUGUAAAUUCUUAAAUAUCUGACAUGAAAACCGAAUGACUUUAUUCUGCAUUUUGAUCAUUUUGGGUAAUAAAUUUCAUCAGUGUCUACAAUGAAA